ACACACACACACACACACACACACACACACACACACACACACACACACAGCAAAUGAUACACCCUCUGACCUGUGUGUGUGUUUGUGUCCAUAAUGUCAGUUUUUAUCAGAAUAAAAGAGAAGAGGCAUCCUCCUCCGUCCUUCCUUCAGUCCUUCCUCGUCUCCUUUGCCCUCUCCUCUCUCCUCCCCUCAGGUCAGAUAUAUAGUGUCUCCAUCAGCAGCUGAAGAAAUCAGAACAAGAGCAUCACUUGCCAAGUAGGAGCCACCUGUCUCUUCUUUUACACAGAAACCAGCUGUUUGUCGAUCAAAUCAAUAAAACAUGGCCUGGCUCCGGCAGAGUCGAGGUUCUCCCAGACUUGUCCUUGUGGUGGUGUGUGUCGCUCUACUGCUCGACAACAUGCUGCUCACUGUGGUCGUGCCAAUCAUCCCGACCUUCCUCUACGCCAUGGAGCAUCCUAGACCUGAGGCCCAGACCGCCCAGCCAUCCCUGCUCCCUCUGCCCACCCUUGGUGCAUCACGCUUGAGCACUGUGCCCUCCCAGUCCCCCUUCCUAAGGUCAAACCUCCAGACCUUGAGCCAGACCUCCCAGAGCUCACAGCUCCAUCGGAUAAGCCAUAGUGGCGACGGUACACAAUCAAAGCAGAGUCCCCGGUUGUCUCCUCUGGUAUCUCUGUUUGACAAUUUGACAUUCAGUCUGCAGAAGAUCCUGACCGAACCCACCCCAGACACAGAGCCCACAGACCAGAGCAGCCCGACCACAGAGCUGCAGAUUAACAAAACCACCAACGCUACAGAGUCCUCCUGUCUUCAGGACAGUGCGUUUCUGGAAGAGGAAAACGUUCGUGUUGGUUUGUUGUUUGCCUCUAAAGCUCUUGUCCAGCUGCUCAUCAACCCGUUUGUUGGCCCGCUCACCAACAGGGUCGGGUACCACAUCCCCAUGUUUGCUGGUUUCAUCAUUAUGUUUGUGUCAACUAUCAUGUUUGCGUUCUCAGGGACGUAUGCUCUGCUGUUCUUUGCUCGCUCCCUGCAGGGAAUCGGCUCGUCCUUCUCGUCUGUAGCAGGUCUGGGUAUGUUGGCCAGUGUGUACACUGAUGAUGAGGAGAGAGGCAUCGCCAUGGGCAUUGCACUGGGAGGACUGGCUAUGGGGGUCCUGAUUGGAGCUCCAUUUGGCAGUGUGAUGUACGAGUUUGUGGGAAAGCGUGCUCCCUUCCUGAUCUUGGCCUUUCUGGCUAUGUUUGAUGGAGCAUUACAGCUGUUCAUCCUGCAGCCUUCAAAGAUCUCUCCAGGGAGUGUGGAAGGUACUCCAUUACUGACUCUGUUAAAGGAUCCAUACAUUCUCAUCAGUGCAGGUUCUCUGUGUUUUGCCAACAUGGGUGUAGCCAUCUUGGAGCCGACUCUACCCAUUUGGAUGAUGCAGACCAUGUGCUCCCCUAAAUGGCAACUUGGUAUGGCCUUCCUUCCUGCCAGUAUCUCCUACCUGAUAGGAACAAACUUGUUCGGUGUUCUGGCCAACAAAAUGGGACGGUGGCUCUGCUCCAUGUUAGGGAUGUUUAUCGUUGGCAUCAGUUUGCUGUGUGUUCCUUUUGCCACCAGUAUCUAUGGCCUGAUUGGACCAAACGGAGGUCUGGGCUUUGCUAUAGGUAUGGUGGACUCCUCCAUGAUGGCCAUCAUGGGUUACCUGGUCGACAUCCGUCACGCCUCUGCCUACGGCAGCGUCUACGCCAUUGCUGACGUUGCACUGUGUAUGGGGUUUGCUAUAGGACCAUCCACAGGGGGCGCUCUGGUUCAGGCGGUGGGUUUUCCCUGUCUCAUGGUGUUUAUCGGGGUGAUCAACAUUCUGUAUGCUCCACUCUGCUUCCUGUUACGUAACCCUGCUGUCAGAGAGGAGAAAAUGGCAAUCAUCGACCAGGAGUGUGUGAUGCGGAAAAGCUACAACACACAGAAGGAGAGUCGUGAGUUUCCUUAGCGACACAGUGAAAGACUCGGAGGAGUGCACAACACACACACACACACACACACACACACACA